UGUUCACUCACUACUUUUGAAGAUCAGUCGCAGAUUGGAAAUCAUGAAUAACAUUAAAAUUUAUUAUACCAGCGUGUCAUGCUCUAGGGAGGUAAAACAAAGACAAGACGAAGUUAUGAGGAUUUUGGAUACUUAUAAAGUUAAGUAUGAGUUAAUAGACAUAGCUGUCAGUUCCCAAGUACUGGAAGAAAUGCGGAGCAAAGUUGCCUCUCCUAAGGCUGCACCACCUCAGAUAUUCAAUGGCCAAGAAUAUUGUGGAGAUUUUAUGACUUUCCAGGAUGCCAAAGAGAACAAGGAAAUUCUAAAGUUCCUAAAGAUGGAGAAAAUGGACAAUUUUGAUAAAUGGUAAAUCUAUCAUGUAAUCUUAACUGUAAAAGAACUACUCCAUUAACGUGCCACCAAAAUACUGUGUUCCUAUUCUUUCAAUGUUUCAUUAAAAUGAUUGUAAACUGAA